CUCUCCUCCUCACACUGACUGCUACAAGCACAACAAGCAACAUGAAUCCUCUGAACUUCCUGGUGUUUUUUGCUGCGGGAUGCAUGGCUAUUCCCUCAAACCCUGUGCUGCUUCCCUUGACCAGCGGGGUGCACUACACCACCUACAACGGGGCCGUUCCUCUGGUUUCCACUCCCCUGAGGACUGUCCCUGUGGCUCCUCCAGCCGUGGCUCCCAGUCCCUUCGUGGCUCCAAAUAUUCCCUUGAUCCGGGUUUCUGAGUCUGAAAUGAACCAAGACCAGGUUGCCGCUCCCCUCCCCAUUAUUUACAACUCUGCUAUCGGCGCCCCUUCGGUUUACACUCAAGUUGCUGUUCCCGAUGGCUCGGGAACUGCAACCUACGGCCUGUUCAACCUUCAGCCUGUGCCUUCGUCAGGAGAUAUUCCUGAAGACUGCACUGUGGUCAAAAUCUUGGGCAAGGAAUGGUUCAUGGUUUGCAAGAAUAAUUAAGUUUUCAUUCUUAGCUUCCUCGGUGUAUUGGGUACCGUUAUUUAUUCUGAAAAGAUAUAAGAAGCUUUUUGAAAUGAAUUAGUCUGAACAGUAUCCAUCAAAAUGAGAGGGCGAGGGCUUACUGUGGCCGCUUCGGUACAUUUACUGAGGGCGACGCCUUGAAUGCAAUGUUUUAUUAUCAUUUAUUUAUUAUUAUU